UGUUUCUUCUGCAGCGUCGGACCUCAGGGAAGCUCGGCCAGCGGAGUCCGACCAGGCCGAGCUUGGCCGGCCGGUCUCCGCCAGGCUGGGCUCGGCUAGGGGCUGAAAAUUCGGCCAGGGCCGAGCUCAGCCUGGCCGAGUUCAGCUGGCCGAGUUCACCUGGCCGAGUUUCGCCUGGCCGAGUCGCUUCCCCCUGCCGGAGGCAGGGGGGUCCCGCGCAUCGCGGGCCGGCGCCCCGGCAGCCGAGCGAAUGGACCCCGAGCUGGGGGUCCCCGUCGAGGAGAUCCCGAGGCUGCGCUACCCGGAGGAGCUGGGCGCGGAGCGCUUCGAGGCGGAGUUCGCGUCCCGCGGGCAGCCGGUGGUCAUCGAGGGGCUGGUCGACGACUGGCCAGCCCACCAGGAGGGCCCGAGGUGCUGGCGGGGCCGCCGCGUGGCGGAGGUGCUCGCGGACGGCGUCUUCGAGUGCAACUUCGAGCCCGCGGACAACCGCAUGUACCGCUUCGAGGACGGCAACCCCUCGGUGCUGCUCAGCCCCGGCCGCCUGAGGCUCACCUACGCCGCCUUCCGGGAGGUCGCCGAGGUGCGGGCCGAGAUCGCGCGGCUGCGGCGGGCGAGCCCCGGCGCGCCCGUGGACCUCGGUGCCCACCCGCGGCUGCGGCAGCGGUUGCAGGCGCCCCUGGUGGUGCAGAACGUACCGCCCGACCCGUCGCAGGUGCCCGCGCGGCUCCUCGAGCCCCUGCGGUGCCGCGUCCGCGACCUCGUGCCCCUCGCCUUCUACGCCGCGGGGCCGCUGCCCGAGGCGCUGCGGGGCGACGUGGCCCCGCAGCACGCGAAGCUGCUGCCGGCCUGGGGCCCGCCGGCCAUGGAGCGGUGCUGGGCCACGCCGGGCGGGCCCUUCCGCGCAGCCUCGCCGCCCUGGUCGGAGGCGGCGUGCCCGACGCCGGGGGAGGACCCGCGCAUCUACAGCUGCUUCCACUUCGACCGGAUGGAGAACCUGCACAGCCUGCUCGCCGGGGAGAAGGAGGCCCUCCUCGUGGCGCACCGGGACGCGCACGUGCUGAAGGGGACCCGCUUCGCCCAGCAGAAGCAGUGGGUCGUUGCCCCCGUGCCCGCCAGCGCUGGGGGGGAGCCCUACCUUGGGCCGGCGCUGCUGCGGACUGCGCAGACGGAGUGCGCCAGCGACCAGAGCGCCGUGCACCCCCUGCGGCCCGCGCGCGAGAACAGGCUCGCCUCUGGGGGCCAGUGGCCCGACGACGUGGUGGCCCCCGUGCUGCGGGCGCGGCUCCGGAAGGGCGACACGCUGUACAUCCCCGCGCACCACUGGCACUUCGUCGCCUCCGAGGCCCCGCCGACACUGGCGGGCGGCGCUGGCGACGGGCCCUUGGCGACGUCGGUCAACUUCUGGUGGUGGCCGCUCCACGGGGUGGAGGAGAAGCGGAGGUGGACGGCGGAGAACGAGGUCUGGUCUCGGGCCAACGCGCGCGUCGGCGACCCGGAGGCGCUGCUGGCCGCCCUCGGGCGCGCGGCGGCCGCCGCGGCCCCCGAGCCCGCGCGCAGGCCGCCCUCGCCCGAGUACGAGGCGGUCGACUGAGCCCGGG